ACAACCAAGUCAAUGAAAACACAAAACAGAGACAAAAAUUACACGCCAUUGGCCCUCUGACAUUUCAUUCAACAAUAUAAACACAGAAAAGACUAAACCCAGUUGUCUUCUUCCUUCUUUUAGCUCUGCGAACUUUCUUUCUUUUUCUUGCCAUCUUUUCUCUCACUUUCUCAAACCCCAAACAAACACCCCCAAGUUUUUUGAAGUAAAGAGAGAAAAUGGCGAAUUGGGGGUUGAAAAGUUGCUGCAACAAUGACCAAGUCGCCUUUCUGGUGACGAUAGCUGUCUUCACUGUUGUCAUUCUAGCUCUAUGGAGGACAGUAGUAUUGAUGCCUUUUAAGCUCAUUACAGUAUUCUUGCAUGAAGCAAGCCAUGCAAUCGCUUGCAAACUUACCUGUGGUCAUGUAGAAGGGAUCCAGGUUCAUGCAAAUGAAGGUGGGGUGACACAGACGCGUGGUGGUGUAUAUUGGUUGAUCUUGCCUGCUGGAUAUCUUGGCUCAUCAUUUUGGGGAAUGGCUUUGAUUCUUGCAUCCACAAAUCUCCUCACUGCAAGAAUAGCUGCUGGUUGUUUUCUUCUUGCUCUGGUUGUUGUGCUCUUUUAUGCUAAAAAUUGGACACUUCGAGGACUUUGCAUUGGAUUUAUUAUUUUCCUUGCUAUAAUUUGGCUUUUGCAAGAAAAGACAAAAGUUCGAAUUCUCCGCUAUGUCAUUCUAUUCAUUGGUGUCAUGAACAGUUUGUUUUCAGUUUACGAUAUCUAUGAUGAUCUAAUAUCUCGAAGAGUUCACUCCAGUGAUGCUGAGAAGUUUGCAGAAAUUUGUCCUUGCCCUUGCAACGGAGUUGGAUGGGGAUUUAUAUGGGGAAUGAUUUCAUUUUUAUUUCUUGCUGGAGCCAUGUAUCUUGGACUUGUCAUCUUAUCUUGAGGUUCAGAGAUUCGGUAUAAAUGCUUCCUCGUAUAGCAAAACAGUGGAUUGUUCACCUGCUGUCUGGUGUAUAUGUUAAAUGAUGUAGGGCAUUCUUCUGCAGAACAUUGUAAUUUUGAUUCAUCUGGCACUGAUAGUGUGCAGGCCUCAUUCUUUUAAACCCUUUUUAUUUGGGGUCAAAAUUCAUUUAUGACUAGAUGGUAAAUCUAUAUGGGUUUAAUCUGCUCUUGAUUGUGAUUGUAAAGUAACAUUUAGUUAUGAUGUGGUUCAAUUUUUAUUAUUCAGAAUGAUGUCAAGUAUGGUGCAUGCAGAUGCCACUUUUCUUUCUGAAA